AUCAGUCUCUUGUUGAAGAAGGUGGCAGCAGCAGGGGGCAACAUGACUUCUCCCACAUAGAGGGAGCAGAAGCAGUGUUGCCACUCUUUUUUUCACUGAUGUGAGCCUUACAGGGUUUGGGCAAAGUGACCAUUAGUGUCUCACUGAAAUGGACAAAGACAAGCAACAGAAGCAGCAAGGCAUCGCCAAGGAUUCUGCAGCUGUAAGCCGCCCUGGGACCUUAGGUGAAGGCCAGAGACAAGGUGCUGGAGCAACAAAUGGAAAAGACAAGACAUCUGGUGAGAAUGAUGAGCAAAAGAAAGUUCCAGAGGACUUUGAUAUAGACAUGGAUGCACCAGAGACAGAGAAAGCUGCAGUGGCGAUACAGUCUCAGUUCAGGAAAUUCCAGAAGAAAAAGGACGGGUCCAAAUCUUAGUCUCUACCUCACAGUUCCCACCAUCACCACUUCCUGGUCUGUCAGGAAAUGAAAAAAGAAAUAAAUCUAGAUGCAUGUACAGAAAUUCCCACUAUUUAAAAGUCCAUCGGCGGGUAUUGAAACAAGUAUGCUUGUUGCGUGACUUCAUCUGUAUGUUUAUCUCCAAUCUCAAUUCUUCUGCAACUCACCAUUUCCCUUGAUGUUCAAAUAAAACGUUAGGAUGAAGUUGC